AUGGCUUCUGAUUCUGCCGCUACAACUCGUCGCAUAUGGUCAAAGCUGGAGGAUGAGAGGCUCAUCUCCCUUGUACAGCAUCUGAGUGAUCAGGGCAAGGAGGGUGGGAGCUGGAAUGAGAUUUCAAGACACCUUCCAGGGCGAUCCAAUAAGGACUGUCGAAAACGUUGGUUUCACUCAUUGGAUCCGGCUUUGCGGAAGGGUCGUUGGUCGAAAGAGGAGGAUGAGCUGUUACUUGCGGCUCAUAAGCGGUUAGGGCCCGCUUGGAAGGAGAUUGCUCUUCUCAUCGACGGUCGAAAGGAUGACCAGUGUGCGAAAAGAUACAAUGAUAUCCUAAAUCCAUCAGUGAGAGAUAGACUCAGAAAUUGGACGCCCGAGGAAGACCAGUAUUUAGCAGCGAAAGUCCAGGAGCUCGGACAUAAAUGGGCUGCUAUCUCUGCUGGGCUUCCAGGUCGUCCACCUCUGACUUGUCGAAAUCGAUGGAGGAGACUUUCAAAGGAUUUGUUGAGGAAUUCCGACUCAACCUCUAACGAGCCUCGUUCGACCGCCCCGGCAACGGUUUCGUCCACAGCGUCAAGGUCCAACUCCAUCAGUCAUCUUAACAACAUGUCAUAUCCGAUGGCAGCAGGCUCAUUGACGAAUAUCCAAAGCUUUGACAUGCCAUCUGCCAAUCUCUCGCUAGCUUUUCAGGAUCCCACUCUACAAAUGCCCAUAUACGGCAUGGACAACAUGAGCAUCCAUAGCGCAUCCGUCUAUGGAGUGGAUAACAUGAGCACCCACAGCACUCAAAAUUCCAACGAGCCAGGCUUAGAACUACCGGAUUACUCAUUAUCCCAAGGUUACCAGGACCAGGUCUGGGAAUCCGCCUCGGAAGGACCAUCUUUCGCUCUACCAGAUCGCAACUACGAGUCCGAGCCAAACAUGUUAACAGAGUACUAUAAUCCCAGAACCAUGGCUCAGCGAGUCCCCAUGCAUGGUCCCCGCUACUAUCCGUGGAUCCCACCUUCGGGUAAUAACCUGGACAACAUUGCUUCUCUCGAUCUAGCAAAUACUCAAACUCGGCAUCCCCCUUUCGAGAUACCCGGUUCAAUUAUUCCGGAGCUUGAUGAAGAGUCAGAGCCCGCGCUAGAGCAAGCUGCUCUCUGUCAGAUGCUCUCUUCGCAUCGGGAACCAACUAUUCCUGAUGGUUCUUUGGCGGCGACUGGUGGCUCGGGGGUCAUUCAGCAUCAUCACCAUUUUCACCAUCAUCAUUACCACCAUCACUAUCAUCAUUAG